CGCCAUGGAUGCGCUACCGUGGAUGGGUUGGCUCUUCUUCUCAAUAAUCACCUCAUGUUUCCAUCGCCUCUCCACUCCACAGUUGCGUCAAGCCAUAGUCGUAGACCCUCCACCGCCGGCAUAAUCUGUCCUCUGCGCUUCACCAUCAAACCCCAUUACAUCAGGACUUCAAGACCCAUUCGGCCCUACUUUGCCGCUGCAUCUCCGCCCUUCUCCUUCUCCGGUUAGCACCACUGUAUCAUCUCCAACCGGAUCCGCCGACAUCAAAUCUAGAAGCGCCAUCUCCAAACAAAAAGAGGUCAAAUGUAAACAUGCUUCAGAAACUUGGACUGUAGAAAUAGGUCUUAACCCUACUUUCAGCUUCAUUCGGGUAUAUUGUUUAUUGGGGUCUCUUACCCAUAUCCAAUACUAUUUCCAACAGGGAUUUGUUGUAUUUUUUUUUUCUUUGCUUAACUACUUCUGUUGUAUUUGACAGCCGGGUUCGCUAUCUAGGUGGAAAUGUUCUUCGUUCCCAUCACUGGUGAAUCUGAAAUCUCUCAGCAUAUUGUCAGUAGUUUAACUAAUCCAUUUUGAAUAUAACUUAGCCUUUUUGUAUACAUUAUAGCGUACCUAUAUGGCUAUAUCCCUAAUAUAUAUUGUAUAUAUAUUCACGUAAAAAGAGAGCACGCAUGUGAUGAUGAACAUUUACAUGAUAGUUAGUUAAGAAAAAUGUACGUGCACUGAUCCAAGUAUAGAGUUUAUGAAAACAUUAAAAUUUUAUAAUCUAAUAUUCGAUAAAUCAAUAAAUAUAAUAAACUAAUAAUUCUUUUUGUUUCCAAUUGGUUUGUGAUGAAUUUGUAAUUGAAGUUAAUGAAUAAUGACACGGUUUGACAAAAAAAAAGAGGAAUAAUGGUCCCGAGUCCCAAAAGAAAAAUGACCAGAUAAUUAAAUAAAAAGGGGCAAUUAAUCUAAUAAUCAUAAUCAAAGAAAGAUAAACAAAUUAGCUCAAUGAACCAAAUUAUGCGCCCAUGAUGUAAGAAGUUCUUCUUGAACUUGUCAUAAAAAAUUGGAAAAUGGCUCGUUGACUCUCUCUAAACGUUCCUGCACGUCUCAUACAAGCAUCGUGUAGACAUGCCUUCACGAUUAGUUAGAAGGAGUCCAAAACAGGGAUAAGAAACUGUAUAGCUGGAUGUAGAGAAAUGCUUUGCUAUAUAAACCCAUGACCACAAUUCUUACAACACAAACCAAAACAAGAAAAAUAAACCAACGUAAAAGCGUUGGUAGAGAAAAGGCAAAUCACAAUGAGAUCUUCUUCAAGGAUGGGGUCUUCAACCCAUCUCAUCUACGCUCUAGGCGUGAUCAUCAUGGCAACAAUGGUUGCUGCGUAUGAACCAGUGACAUUGCCACCACUCCCGUCAUAUUCACCAUCUCCAAAGGUAGAAUACAACACUCCUCCCCUACCGUACAUUAGCAAUUCUCCACCACCACCAACAUACUAUUCUCCAUCACCAAAGGUUGAUUACAAAUCUCCACCACCACCAUAUGUCUACAGUUCUCCACCACCGCCACCAUAUUAUUCACCAUCUCCAAAGGUUGAGUACAAAUCUCCUCCUCCACCAUAUGUCUACAAUUCUCCACCAUACAAUUCACCAUCUCCUAAGGUCGAGUACAAAUCUCCACCACCACCAUAUGUUUAUAGUUCUCCUCCACCACCUCCUUACUACUCUCCAUCACCAAAAAUAGAUUACAAGUCUCCUCCACCACCAUAUGUCUACAGUUCUCCACCACCACCACCAUAUUACUCACCAUCCCCCAAUGUUGAGUACAAGUCUCCUCCACCACCAUAUGUCUAUAGUUCUCCACCACCACCUCCGUAUUAUUCUCCAUCACCGAAGGUAGAUUACAAAUCUCCUCCUCCACCAUAUGUCUACAGUUCUCCACCACCACCGUACUAUUCUCCAUCUCCUAAGGUAGACUAUAAGUCUCCUCCACCACCAUAUGUCUACAACUCCCCUCCACCACCUUAUUACUCUCCAUCACCUAAAGUAGACUACAAGUCUCCACCACCACCAUAUGUUUACAGUUCUCCACCACCACCAUAUUACUCUCCAUCUCCCAAAGUAGACUACAAAUCUCCUCCUCCACCAUAUGUUUACAAGUCUCCUCCACCACCAUAUGUCUACAAUUCUCCACCACCACCACCAUAUUAUUCUCCAUCUCCUAAGGUAGACUAUAAGUCUCCUCCACCACCAUAUGUCUACAACUCCCCUCCACCACCUUAUUACUCUCCAUCACCUAAAGUAGACUACAAGUCUCCACCACCACCAUAUGUUUACAGUUCUCCACCACCACCAUAUUAUUCUCCAUCUCCCAAAGUAGACUACAAGUCUCCACCACCACCAUAUGUCUACAGUUCCCCACCACCACCUUCAUACUACUCCCCAUCACCGAAGGUUGACUAUAAAUCUCCUCCUCCACCAUAUGUCUACAAUUCUCCACCACCACCAUACUACGCUCCAUCUCCAAAAGUAUACUACAAGUCUCCUCCACCACCAUAUGUUUACAGUUCCCCACCACCACCAUAUUACUCACCAUCGCCUAAGGUUGUAUACAAAUCUCCUCCACCCCCAUAUGUCUAUAGUUCGCCUCCACCACCAUACUAUUCACCUUCUCCAAAGGUACACUAUAAAUCUCCACCACCACCUUAUGUUUACAGUUCUCCACCACCACCAUACUACUCACCUUCCCCUAAGGUACACUACAAGUCUCCACCACCACCAUAUGUCUACAGCUCUCCACCACCACCAUACUACGCUCCAUCUCCAAAAGUAUACUACAAGUCUCCUCCACCACCAUAUGUUUACAGUUCCCCACCACCACCAUAUUACUCACCAUCUCCAAAGGUUGUAUACAAAUCUCCUCCACCUCCAUAUGUCUAUAGUUCUCCUCCACCACCAUACUAUUCACCUUCUCCGAAGGUACACUACAAAUCUCCACCACCACCUUAUGUUUACAGUUCUCCACCACCACCGUACUACUCACCUUCCCCUAAGGUUCACUACAAGUCUCCACCACCACCAUAUGUUUACAGCUCUCCGCCACCGCCAUACUAUUCACCAUCCCCUAAAGUACCAUACAAAGCGCCAAAACACCCUCAUGUAUGUGUUUGUCCACCACCUCCUCCAUGUUAUAGUCCAUCACCAAAGACAGUAUACAAAUCUCCACCACCACCAUAUGUCUACAGUUCUCCACCACCACCGUAUUACUCACCUUCCCCUAAAGUGUACUACAAGUCACCACCACCACCACCAUACUACUCACCAUCUCCUAAGGUAGAGUACAAGUCUCCUCCACCACCAUAUGUUUACAGCUCACCACCACCGCCAUACUACUCACCAUCUCCUAAAGUAAACUACAAAUCUCCUCCACCACCAUAUGUCUACAGUUCUCCACCACCACCACCAUACUACUCACCUUCUCCAAAGGUUGAUUAUAAGUCUCCUCCACCACCAUAUGUCUACAGUUCUCCACCACUACCAUACUACUCACCAUCGCCUAAGGUAGACUACAAAUCUCCUCCACCACCUUACGUCUACAGUUCUCCACCACCACCGUACUACUCACCUUCCCCUAAGGUUUACUACAAGUCUCCUCCACCACCGUACGCUUACAGCUCCCCUCCACCACCAUAUUACUCACCUUCCCCUAAAGUGUACUACAAGUCUCCUCCACCACCAUAUGUUUACAGUUCUCCACCACCACCAUAUGUCUAUAACUCACCACCACCACCACCAUACUACUCACCAUCUCCUAAAGUAGAGUACAAGUCUCCUCCACCUCCAUACGUCUACAGUUCUCCACCACCACCAUACUACUCACCUUCCCCAAAAGUUGAGUACAAAUCUCCACCACCCCCAUAUGUCUACAGCUCUCCACCACCACCACCAUACUAUUCACCAUCUCCUAAAGUAGACUACAAAUCUCCUCCACCACCAUACGUCUACAGUUCUCCACCACCACCAUACGUCUCACCUUCUCCAAAAGUUGAGUACAAAUCUCCACCACCACCUUCGUAUUACUGAAAACCAGUAAAUGCGGGUCUUAAAUAAGCUUUCCAGUAUUAUUUGAUUUCAAAUCUUUUCUUCUUGUUACAUGUGUGCAAUCAGUUUCAAUUUUCUUGAGAAUGUGGACUAAUAACAUGGCUACAAUACUUUUAUA